CUUUGGAGGCAGCUAACCAACCAACCACCCCCUCAUUAACAAAGCACCCAACCAUCCAACCUUGAGAAGGUGAGAGCUCAGCUGGGAGAAGAGAAGAGAACACAGGAGAAGAGCAGGAAAGGGAGAUCAUCAUCAGGCUCUGAAGAAACGGAGAAAAAAGUAACUAACCGGUGGUUGCUGCCUGACGCCGGCGGCCAUGGCCACCGUCGGGCCGCCUGGCGCCUUUCGGAGGAUCACCGUGCACUACAGCAGCACCGCCGGGGACGAUGCCAACCACGAUGACUUCCUCGAGUAUGUGAUCGGUGAUGUUCUUCAACACCAGGAGGGCCUGCACCAAUCCUUCGGCACAGGGGCCCCUGGUGCAUCCUGGAGCAUGCAUUGCUGCCAUGGGGAGAGCAGCCGUGGCACAGCAGCAGAAACCUCAGGAACUUCAGAUGAACAGAUCGCAGCUGACCUCAAAUACGCCAGGAUGCUGCAGGAGAUGGAAGAUCUGGAUGUGGACACGCCUCCCAACGACGACGAACAAGACGAUAUAAGCUGUGUGCCUUCCCCAUCUGACACCGAUGAUGACGAUGACCGCGGCGACGAAGAGGAGACUGCUAGGCAGGAUGAUGAUGAUGACAACGACGACACCAACGACGAUGUUGAUCCAGACAACAUGACAUAUGAGGAAAGGCAGGAACUGGUGGAAUCAGUGGGAAAUGAGAGCAGAGGUUUAUCUGAUGAGCUCCUGUCAUACUUGGUGCCAUGGAAGUACAGGUCAGGAUCAGGGUUCUUCUCAAGGAAGACAAACCAUGAUGACACUUGUACUGUGUGCCUGUCUGCUUUCAGAAACCGGGAGAACAUCAUAACCCUGCCCUGCAAACAUAAUUACCACGCAAGUUGCAUUAGCAACUGGCUCAAGAUCAACAGGACCUGCCCAGUUUGCAAGUAUGAAGUGUUUGGGCCCUCCUAGCAUGUCAUCAGCAGCCAAUCGAAGCUCACAAGGCGGCGACGCGUCAUCGCGGCGCUCGCUUGCUACGCCUACUCAUUCAGUACAAAAGAAAGAAAAGAUAAAAAAAACAGAAUUUUAGUUUGAUUUCACUGUCAAAAGGAAGGAAAAGGCACACAAAAAACAGAUUUUUUUUAGUUUAAGUUCAAAAGCAGAUAUUUAGUUGGAUUUCACUGUCAAAAGGAAAGAAAAGGAAAAAAUAUAGAUUUUUAGUUUUAGUUUACUGUCCCAAAGGGUGUCUACCCCACUGUAAUUUUUGGCAUGUGCAAGUGUCCUGAUGGUUCAGAAACUUAUAUUU